AUGAAUCCCGCAUACUGCAAAGGGCCGGAUCCCGUUGUGGUAGACUACCAGCAUGCCUCCCUUCGACGCAGAGCGUUGAUACUGCCAUCGCCAUCAUCGCCGCUAUACCACACUCUUGCGUAUACUCUCUAAUCAUAGCGGUGGUCAAGAUGGCGGUCGACAUGUCGGCGUUCCCGAGCGCUCCGGACCACAGGUUCUCUCAGAUGAUACCAAAGGAUGUCAAGAGGCGGUCGUGGAGAUACCUUCAGGAGCGAUCUGAAGAAUACAUGCGUCUGGAGAAACCACGUCAGGACUCAGCAAUCGAUUUCCGGGACGACAAGCAUAAUUCCCAAGUCUCGAAGCUCAGCGAAGAUCAAGCGUGCUCCCCAAUAUCAAGGUCGGAUGGCGGCCAGAGAGUGUCUGACAUAUCGAAGCUGAGCACCGACCAGCGAAGCUCGCAAGUCUCCAAGUUGAGCAACGAGGAGAGGCAGUCGCAAGUUUCAAGGCAGGAGGCAGAGCGCAUUUUGAGCACACCAGUCGAUAAUGUGUCGCUCGUCGUUGAUACCAAGAGUCUGUUUACUGUCCACCCGGAUGACGUCCAAUUCGAUUUCGAAGCAUUCGACUUCCUUCCUGGUUGUCGACUCUCAAGGCCUUUCUUCAUGCCAGCCCCGGUAGCCAGGACGAGAAGGUCGACAAUGAUCAGUCGACACUCCGUCGUCUCAGUGGAGCUUAUUGCCGACUUCGUCAAGUCUCGACGAAUAACUCAAGAUUCCGACACGCUUUCGCCGACUUGCAUGUCACCAUACGAGCUCCAACGUCUGUACGAAAAUUGCAUUCCACAGCACCCAGCUGGUCUGGACAAUCAUGCGCAGCCAUUAAUACUGGACAAUCCGCAUCCGACAACUGUAGAUGCUGUUGGGUCUCCGAAGCGGCGAUCGAACACGAUAUCCCAUAGCCAGGAUAAUAAAGAGCGGGUCGUGUCAAUAACACGGCAGAGGUCCAAGGCGCAUCUCCAGCACAAGUGCUCGAUCCUGAUUAUGGACAAGGCAGCCGCCGCCGAGCGGGUAGAUGAUGCGAACCAGAUGCUUGCUGAGACGAAGGAAAGGUUGUAUCGUUCGAAGAAGGACUUGUACAUCCGAGAGGAGCACGUCAGAGGCCUCGAGGUCCAUGCCACGAAUAUGAAGAAGGGAAUGGAAGAAGCUAUGCGAAAUUAUAGCAUAACGUCCAAAGAGCUCUGCAGCCUGCGGGUAUUCCGAUGGGAGUGUUCGCCGUCUGUCCCAGCACAAGUUCUAUCGAUGCGUCAGCGCAAGAUCCAUGGCGAGCUCAAGAUGCAAAUCCGAGAUCUGGAAAGAAAGCUCAACACUACGAUGGCCGAGCUGCGGUGUAUGGAGAAGAAGUGGAAGGAAGCGCAGAACUCGCUCGCCACCUGUACCAAAGACCUCGAGAGGCAAAAGUCCAUCAUCAACGACAGAACGCAAGAUUUACGGAUCGCCGAAGAGGCAAAGGCGCGCGCUGUUGAAGCUUUGGAGACUGCUGAGCAAGACCUCAAGUCUAUGCGCACUCAGCUCGAAGCCGCACAGCAAGAGGACGCCGCGCAUACUGACCCCAAAGCGGACCCAGUGCAAGAGCUGGCGAAGGCAACAAAGAAAGCCCAGCGACUCAGUCAGUGUCUGGAUCAAGCAGAAGCCGAUUGCGAACAGACGCGCGACAAGAUCAAGCAGAUCAAGCGCGAGAGUAGAGCACCCGACGCCGUGCUCCAGAAAAAACUGAUGCUGGCGAGAAGAGAGCUUCGUGAUCGAGAGGAGCUGCUGGGUGUAGUCAAGCAGACCAACGCAGACCUGGCACGCAAAAUUGCGGAUAUGGAACAGCAAUUGGGAGGUCGAAAGCAUUGGAGCGGUAACGGUGGCGAAGCGAGGGUGUGAAGCACAGUGUCCUUCUCCAGAAAAACUUGAUGAUCUGAACGGCCUAGCAGGCAUAGCUCCUCGGCCACUUCUUUGGACCCACGGGUAGGUGCGUUGAAGCAACAGGCUUCAGACAACGUUCGCUAUGAGACCGAACUGGAUUCCUUUGUCUUGCCAUUUGUUUUGGCAUUAAUACAGAAGCGUGCAGCGGUAGAAGAGAUUCCAUAUGAAGAUGUACAGGC